UAACAAAUUAGUUUGCAGGCAGGUGUUGAACAAGUAGAGCCAGAAGGUACCCAUCAACACACCUCUCCAUGACAAAGCUUGCUUACUCAGCUUGCAACAAGCAAGUCUUGGUCUUCCUCUUCUACCCUCUAGCUAGCUAGCUUUCUCGACCCCCCAAGAAAAAGGAGCAACCAAAAUCUCAUACUAGAUCGAUUGAUGGGAGCUAGCUGGUUUGAUUAGCUGCAAUUUCAUGGCGCGUAAUUAAGAUCCAGGGCAUCAUGGUGAAGUAGCUCGGCAAGAAGUCAACUAAUCAAGAAAGCUUGCUAGCCGCCCUUGAAACUACACAAGGAAGAAGAAGACCAGAUCGAGGAAGGAAGCAAGCUAUAGCACAGAGAGUUAGGUUAGGUGGAGAGAUGGCCAACAGGUGGUGGGACGAAGGGCGGCUGACGGAGGCGCCAGCAGCUGCAUCGGGCCUCGCCGGCGACCAGAACCGGCAGCAGCUGGAGGACGCCAUGGCGGCGCCCAAGGCGGACGGGGAGAGCAGCCACAGCGGCGGAGGGAGCGGGCAGGACGACGAGCCCGAGCCCAAGGAGGGCGCGGUGGUGGUGCCGGCGAACCGCCGCCCGCGCGGCCGGCCGGCGGGGUCCAAGAACAAGCCCAAGCCGCCCAUCUUCGUCACGCGGGACAGCCCCAACGCGCUGCGCAGCCACGUCAUGGAGGUGGCCAGCGGCGCCGACGUCGCCGAGGCCAUCGCGCACUUCUCCCGCCGCCGGCAGCGCGGCGUCUGCGUGCUCAGCGGCGCCGGCGCCGUCGCCGACGUCGCCCUGCGCCAGCCCGCCGCGCCCGGGGCCGUCGUCGCGCUCCGCGGCCGCUUCGAGAUACUCUCCCUCUCCGGCACCUUCCUCCCCGGGCCCUCGCCGCCGGGGUCCACCGGGCUCACCGUGUACCUCGCCGGCGGGCAGGGGCAGGUGGUCGGGGGCAGCGUCGUCGGCGCGCUCACCGCCGCCGGGCCCGUCAUGGUGAUCGCGUCCACCUUCGCCAACGCCACCUACGAGCGGCUGCCGCUGGACGACGCCGAGGAGGAUCACCAGCUGGAGGCCGCCCGCAUGCACGGAGCCCCCGGCGGUGGUGUCCCUCAGAUGAUGGCCGGCGACCCCUCUGCGGCGGGGAUGCCGGUGUACGGCGUGCCGCCGAACCUGAUGCCGGGAGGCGGUGGGCAUGCAGCGCCGGAAUGGACGGCGCAUGCACGGCCGCCCUACUAGCUACCUACCUAGCAUCAAUCAAUCAGGACUUCAGGAUCAGAUCAGUGGCCGUGUCGACGUCCCCAAGCAUCAAGAUCAGCUAGCUCUCCCCUCAUCCUCAUCCAAAUCCAUCCUGCCAAUAACUAGACUUGCGUUGCAUAUAUUUAGCAGCUGGUAAGUAACUAGAAUAUCUGAUUUUGCUUUGCUUAUUAGUAUCUGCCAAAAAUCAUCUUGGAGUUGCUUGCUCCGAUUCAUGUACGAGGAAUUAUAAAUGAGCUCCUUUUACUGCGAUUGGUUAGUGAUCAUACAGUAAAAACAAAA